AUGUUCAAGGGCAUUUUGGGCGGGAGCCGUUCCUCCUCCAGCACCGACCUCCGCAGCAACUCGAGCUCGAAGGGCGAGCGCCGCCGCAAAUCCAGCCAUAGAUCCUCUGCUUCCUCGACAGUAAGCCACAAGUCCUCACGGGGUGACGACCGUGACCGGGGCUUGGGCGACCUAUCCGCCUACGCAUCGCCAGGCAGCGCCAGUCGAAGCAAGCGCUAUGCAGAGAGCGCGGCAGGCGAGUCUGUUGCUUCGAGCUAUGCGACCGCGCAACCGAAUUACUCAGACGAUCGCAUUGUUUCCGAACGAGCUUUGAAGCGCAGCAAAGAUUCAGAAUACGAUGACCGCGACCGCCGUGACGACCGCGACCGCGACCGCUAUCGGGAAGACCGUAAUAGGGAUGGAGAUAGACAGCGGAGGCGCACCAGGUCGGAAAGGGAAGACGAGGGAGAAAGAGACCGCGACGAUCGUGAUAGCCGCCGCCGGGAACGCGAGCGGACGCACUCUGGUGAUAAUGCGCAUUUCCCGCCACUUGCGAGCGGUGCGGUGCCGGCACCAUUCGAUCAAACUCAAGAUCCCUCUCAACCCACCUUUCCUGGAAACCAUGAGCCUGAGUCCGGACCGGCGGAUGUGGCUUCGCCCACUAUUUACGAUCCUCAUGUUCAACAACAAUUUCCUGGACAGUUUCCAACCAACUUUGCUGAGCCUUACCGACCGCCGAAUCCCGCUGGUGAAGCGGCCAAUUACUAUGAUGACCAAGGACAGUCUGUCCAAGACCAGCCGGGUGUUCGACCAAAGCCACCGCUGGUUAUCCCCAACAGCCAAUCGCACUUGAUGACAGCCUCGCCAUCCGCAAAUCCGCCUCCAGAACCGAGCAGUGUAGGAGAGGUUGGCGCCGCUGCGUCUUAUUUUGCAGCCGAUCCUGGACUUGACGCUCAAACCUCUGAGCAACCCAUUUCCGGCCCACAAGCCAAACCACCGAAGCCGUCCAAGCCAUCUAAACCAUCUAAGCCAUCCCAUUCUACGGGCCACGCAGCAGCAGCAGCAGCAGCAGCAGCAACAGGCGCUGCAACAUAUGGGCUGGGAGAUUAUUCUCCAGAACAAGUUCUAAGUGAAUCUCCUACCGCAUAUGCCACUCCCGCACCCACGAACCAAGGCAGGCCACCACAUUCCAAUUCUCACGGCGUGGGUGCUGCCGUUGGUGGUGUCGCUGCUGGAGCAGCAGCUGGUUACAUGUUGAGUCAUCACAACCAUUCGUCGUCAGCCCCUGAUCAUGUCUCUCAAUACUCCAUGCAAAACCCGGAUGAUACCUCGCAGGUUGGACAGGGGUACUCCGGCGCGCCAAUGAAUCCAGCUCUAUACGGUGUGGGCGCUGCAGGCGCUGCCUACGCUGCUAGUCCCCUGCACCCACAUCAUGCUGCUAUUUAUCACGGAUCUCCCUUCCAAGGCGGCGCGAUGGCCUAUCAGCAGCGCCAGCGCGGACCGCUGGAUAAGUUUAUUGAUUUUUGGCGAGACCCUGAGGGUGUUGGCAAGUUCGAAGAUUAUACCGAAGAAAUUGGGGUCUGCAGAUACUGUUUCGAGCCAGGUACGACCUCAAGAAAUGCACCUCGUCCACACAACUACGGGCGCCGCCGGUCGUCUGAUCGCAUCAGUGCGGGCUCGCGAGUGGAUAAACUAUGUCGAUAUGCGUCAUCGGAGGAUGAAGGCCGCCGGCGCAAGUCUUCGAAGUCAUCCUGGCUACCAGCAAUUCUCGGCGGAUAUGCCAUGAAAUCGCUCUUUGACAAUAAGGGUUUUGAUGACUCCUACAGCGUCAAAUCCGGCCAUGUCGCAGGCGCCUACCCGGACACUGAGGGCAACUCCACGUCAGACAAGGGAAGCCGAACUUCACGUGGUGUUCAUAAACGGUCACACCGAGCCCGUUCGCAGGAACCAGCUGGUCGUACCGAUUACUAUGAUUCGAUGCCCAGCGGAUAUGGAGGAUCGCGCAUCGCCGCUCGGUCUCGGUCUCGGUCUCGGUCUCGGUCUCGGUCAUCAUCCAGGUCCAACCGCCAAAGCCAUACACUCCGCGACGCUGCCAUCGGUGCGGCGGUAGGUGGUGCGGCCAUGUCGAUGGCUAAAUCUCACCAUCGGGAUCGAAGCCGUAGCAACAGCCCCAGUCGCUCCGUGCGAAAGCCCAGGGGUAGGAGGAGGAAGUCGUCCUCGUCCUCUGGUUCAUCAUUUGAUAAUAUUUCACGACCUGCUAAGAAAUCGACCGGCGCCUUUGGCUCCUUUUUCACCGCUUCCUCCGAGAAUCGCAAGAAGCGACGUAAUAAUAAGCGAAGCAAGAGCAUUUUCUCUUUCAACAACUCUUCUUCAUCAUCUCUCGAUAACGAUCUUGCUUUUGGAAGCGGGUACGCGAAGAAGUUGAUAGGUAAGUCUAAGAGACGGAGCUCCAAGGAGAAAAAGGAGAAAGAUGUGGACGCGAAAUUGCUGGCGCUGGGCGCAACAGCAACAGCGCUAGCCGCUUCAUCUCGUCGAAACAACCGUCGGGCAGGUGAAGUACUUGUCGGUCAAGGCUCCCGCUCCGGUCGAUCGGAUUAUACCUCAUCCGCCAGCAAUGAUGAAGACUGGGAAGAUUUGGAUUCAGAGGGCCAGGCGUCUAGUGUCAGUUCAGCACUUGCUUUCGGUGCCAGUGCAAGUGGAAAUUCGUCGGAUUCGUCAAGCUCAGGAUGGGGCUGGGUUUGGGGCAAGAAUAAAAAGAAGUCGAAGAAGCGCUCGAGCUCAAAGGAGAAACACUUCCCCACCGGUGCGGCCGUAGCUGCUGGGGCGUUGGGAACAGCAGCGCUGGGUUCUGGUUAUCAUCGGGACAACAAGGCUCCUAGCCAAGGUCCAAGCAGCAGCACGGCGAGCCUUCAGCACGUGGCGCCAAUACCCACAUCCGACCCGGGCCGUUACGAUGCCCUUCCACUAUCGUCUUUCCCUCCGUCCCAGCCGCAACUGAUCCGACCAGGCCCCAUUCCUCUUCAACAGCCCCAGCCCGUCACACCUGUCUCCCAAGCCGUGUACACUACUCAGGGAGCCCCAAUUCAGUCUUACAGCGCGCCGAUCAUCCCAGCUUUCGAAAGCCCGUUCCCCUCCUAUGAAUCCCAGUUGCGGGAGGUGGAAGAGGACCAGGAGGACCGAGGGGGUUCGCAUUACCCCCAGCCUCUCAACGAGCUUCCAAAAGCUGAACGCCGUCAUCGACGAAGCGACUCCACGCCUAUAUUCCAGAAUGAUCCAAUCGAACCUGCACCUGGGUCUGGACUUAAACGCCGCUCUACGACAAGGGAUCAAGCUUCUGUCUCGUUUAACUUAACCGAGGAGCAGGAGGACAAAGAGCGACGCACAGAACGCCUGGAGAGACUGAAGCAUGACUUGGGCCGCAGGGACCGUAUCGAGCUCCAUGAUUACGAGGACGAUACCCAGUCUGCACCUGCCGGUUACGCUUCGAAACGGUAUAGUGAGCCCGAGUGGGAGCGUGAGCGGGAUCAUGAGCGCGAACGAGACCGAAACCUAGACCGUGAACGAGAGCGGGUGUCGGAAAGUCGUUCCACCAAGGAUGACCUGAAGCGCGAGAGAGACACUGCGUCUUGGGCUAGUCCAGUUGCAGCCGGAGCGAUAGGCGCUGUCGCUGCCUCUGCCGUUCUUUCUGGGAAAUCGUCAAAAGACGAUGGAUCCGAGGCAAGUGAAGGAUGGCGCGAACGGUCCGAACAACGACGAGCGGAGCGGCGACGUGCAACUGAUCCCUCCGCGAUGUCAUCUGUUUCAUCUGACAUUCCGGAGCGACCAAGGCCACGAAAAGUAAUCGAGGAACGAGCCAGCUCAGCUAGCCCCUCAGACCACGUCAAGACAUCCGCUUUCCGUGGUGUCGGUAACAAGAAGGCCGUUCAUGAUGACUAUGCGGCAUUCUUCUACCCGGAUGAGCUGCGUUACAGCCCUGAUUCUAACAGUCGACGAGAAUCACCCACAAUGCCGACGAUUGUUGAAAUAGAGCCUGCAAGCGAGACAUCCCGGAAACAGCCCCAGGAGCCACCAGUGGAGCCACCAUUUGACCCCUCUUAUGAUCCAACUCCUGACUAUAGAGGAUUUAAAAACCUGCCAUGGCCUGUGCCUACCCUGAGGGUCAUUGAGCCAACACCCCCUCACAGCGUCAGUGGCUCCGUGAGAGGUACAUCAUCGCCCAUCAUAACGCCAGCGGACCCAGUUGAAGUCGAAGAAGAACCAGAACGACCAACUGCCUCUCGCGUAUCUUGGGCGGAUGAAGACAGACGCCAUGAGUAUGAAGUCCCUUCUACUUCCUCUGAACGCAGUUCUAUCGAUCUAAAUGAAGGGCAACGCGACUCCAUUCCCGAUGCCACUAUUACUCGCGACGGCCCCAUCGACUAUACAUAUAUCGAACCGUCUGACACCCAUGUGGAAGACGCGAACGACGAGAUCGAAUUUGCCGCCACUGUCGCUGCGGCAGCGCAGGCAGCUGGAUUUGACCCAUCCCUUGUGACAGAUGACCCAGUCUUCCGCACACGGACCUCGCCUCCCGGAUCUGAUACUCGUGAAGGAUCAAUUUCGCCUACCACCAGGGUUCCUACCUAUCCCGAACACUUUCAUGGAUACGUCGAGGGCGAAGUUGAGACACCCGAGGCGCCCAAGUCGCAGUUCUUCUCAGAUGAACCCAUCUUCCCUGGUCCCAAACCUACCUUUUCCAACAGCUGGGCUGAAAGUGGAUGGAAUUACGAACCCCAGCCUUCAACUGAGCAGCCUGUCGUUGAACAUAUUGACAGAGUAGAGGCCGACCCUGCCGAUGUACCGCUUCCUCGCAGUGUUAUUGAAACAUCUGAUAUCCAAGAGAAGCCGACAAGCGAACAUCAGCGACAAGAGUCCGAUUCCCCCGGUGAUGAAGAGUUCUUUAUGCCAGGGGGUUUCGAGCCCGAAGAGUCUGUGCAACCAAAGCGACGCAGCCCCUCGCCCACCGCAGAUGACAUCCCUCGGUCAACCGUUCCCUACUCUGACACAAGGGAAUUUGAACCCGAACCUCUCAGAAGAACCGAGACAGAGGGCACCGAGACCGAUUACAAUGAUGUCGCUGAAUCGGUUGUAGGGACCGAAGAUGGAACUGAGGGAAAGAAGAAGAAGAGAAGAAAGAGACGUUCAAAGCGCGAGAGUGACACGUUUGACGACACUGCUUCAGUGGCAUCCUCCGUAGCCACGGAGGGCAGUGACAAGCGCAGGAGCAUGGAAGAUAAAGGGAAGAAGUCUGGCGGUUUCCUAAGCAGCAUAUUCGGGUCUAGAGUGUCCGAGCCAGUAGAAAGCAAGAGAUCCCCUGAGAAGCCUGUAUCUCGCGAGGUUCAGUCUGAGAUUGGAACACGCACUUCCGAGGAUUCCAGCCGUCGCCGCAGGCAUCGAAGCUCGAGUCGAGGCGACUCGCUGGAUGGAAGACGCCGAUAUGACGACCGCGAGUUGGACCGUGAAGACAACUUUUUGGCGGAUAAGGAUGUUAACGUUGAGAGUUAUAAGUCAAGCAGGCAACGCAGGGAGGAUAAGCGGAGGCAACGUUAUGGGGAUUCGGAGUACGAGAAGGAAACAAGAACCUCCCAAGAAAGCGAACGAGACCAGUCUUUUUUAGUCGAGCGCCCCGAAAUGCCACCAAUGGACGGCAAAGGUGAGUAUGAUGGUGCUUCGGGGCCAUCCUCUUCAAUGGAUGCAGAAGGGAGAGGGUUGGGACUGGGAUUCCUUGCUCGGCGGCCUAGAAGUCACUCGACAUCACCGCCGUCAUCACAGAAGAUCGUGACAGACUUGGCUCCAAGAUCGGUCUCGCCAGGUCCAACCAUGAGGCAUGGCCAAGACGGUUUCACUGCGCCUCGACGACUAUCGCUGUCGCGGUUCGCCGACUCUCCUACAGCUGUGCCCUUGCACUUCCGCCCCCCGCCUACAUCACCACGACUUCAACGCUCGCCUUCCAUCAGUUCUCCUACGGCUGCCUCGCCUGGCUCUCCUAGCCAAGGACGUCGAAGCCGCCCCAACUCAAUUGAGUUCAAACAUUCUCGCGAGAUCCGACCUCUAUUCCUAGUGGAGCGCCAUGGCUCAAGCAAGAUAGAGAACCAACUUGGCGAUGAGCCAUUGCCAUCUCUCCCAUCGAGUAAGAGCGCAUCUACAGAGGAUCUUACGGUCUUGCCAGACGAGAACACUUGGGAGUCUGCCGAGCACAGUCGUCAAAUCCAAGAAACCGAUGAGCCCUAUAGCCAACACGAAGACUUUGGUUCUCAGCAAAACACUCCUACUCGUGCCACCUUCGGACUUGCACACCACCUUUCUCGGAAGCAGGAACUAGGCUAUGAGUUCCAUUCUCCGUCGGAACUUCUGCAGGAAUCAAGCUCAUAUGGCGACCUGCCGACAUCCCCGGCGAUGGAGGCCCUCCCUUCUGCAGAGAGCUCCACGGUUGGAGUUAAAGAGGAGGGCCACCUACCUCGGGACCUUGAAAGCCUGCCUGCUCUCCCUAACUCCCGCCCCGCCACCCCAGAAAAUAAAGCUAUUUCUGCCUGGGAUGUGCAACAGGCAACAACCCUCACGCAGGAAAAGUCUCUUCCCAUGACUGAUAUCCCAGAUUUCCACAGCGGCCCCGGUUUCGCGGGUGUCGUUGACGCAGCUGUAGUCGCUGCGCAUCCGGACACGGCUCCAUACCCUGACGCCGAGGCGCUUGCAAAAUCUCAACAUUACGAUGCCGAAGACGAUGAUACAGCCCGCACCGUCACCGGGGAUGAUGUUCCUGCUAUGGAGGACGUGGACGCCACGCCACCAGGUUCUCCAGUUAAAGAGCGAGAAUACCAUGACUCGUUCGCUGAGCGUGCGGCGCCUUGGGGCUUUGCCUCCGUUGUUGGUGCCGCUGUUGCUGCGAAUAAAGGGCCUGCUGAAGAUGAAGAACACCAACUUCCUGGCGACUUCCCUGUUACUACGCCCAGUGGAGAUGAGAAAACCCCGUCUGUUGCUGAUACCACAGAAGACGAGUUCUUUGAUGCUAUGAGCCAGGAUGAAGUUGGUGAUGAAGAGGCAGCAUGGGAUUUGAAUCUUCCAGCUAAGCCCGCGGACCCCGUUGUCCCAAGGGGAAUUCCUGAAGAUCUGGGGGACCACAACCGCGAACUUGAGCCCGAGCCCGCUCCUGUGUCUGAGCGAGAACUCGACACUGUAAAGACGGAGGAGCCAUCCAUUACCGAGCAAGGACCUACAGAACCUGAACCAGAAGUGACCGACAAGACCAUCGACGAGGCCAUCGAAACGCAACCCGAAGACGACGCAUCAACCUCUUCGAAAAAGAAAAAGAAUAAAAAGAAGAAGAAGGGGAAGAGCAUCGACGUAACUGACCAGGGCGAAGACAAGUCACUCGAGGCGCAGACGUUUGAUCCCGCACCUCUCCCACUCGAGGAGGAUGAGAAGAAGGAUGAGCUUCAGACUCCAGCUCCUGAACAGGUUCAGAUGGGCGACAUACCCGCAGUUGAAGGAGGCAUCGCGGAGCAGGUCGCAGAACCAGAGCGGAAGCUCUCUGUUGAUACCGAAGAUAAUUUCGAGGACGCUGAAACGGGCCCAGUGUCCGAGCCUGUAGAAGCAACGCCCGCUCUGGAUGAAGCGGUUGCCGUGCCCGAGCAAACUCCUACAACCGGCCUUGAGCGACCAAUUCAAGAGGACCGGUCCAUCCCUGUCGAGGAACCCCUGACGACUGAGCAGCCCACAGAGGAAGUUGCGCCAAAAACCACCCCAGAGACCACUGAAGCGAGCAAAACGGUAGAUGCCGAGCCUAUUCAGCUUGAAGAGCCUGAAGAGGCUGCCAGCGACGCGGGCCUCUCCAAAAAGGCGAAGAAAAAGAAGAAGGCGGCUAAGGCCAAGGCUGCUGUUGCCGCCGCUGCUGGUGCCGCCGCUGUGGGCGUGGCUGCCGAAGAACCCGCAUCUGAAGAGCCCGCACCUGCUGAAGAGUUAUCUGCUGAGACUGAAGACGCUGUUGCUUCCCCAGGCGCCGAGCCAGAGGUGCGGAAAGAAGAUUUGGAGCCCACGGAUUCCACUCGAUCAAUUGAAGAUGUUGCACAGCCGGCCGAACAACUAGAGGGUUUACUGUCUGAGGAGCCUCUGCAAGCAAAUGAAGCGCCCGAGGAAUCGUUAGACCGUGUGCCUGAGGACAUCUCUCAUGAGCAGGAACUCAAUGAGCCUGCGGUAUCAGCCGAGCAGUCAGCCACCGAAUACGAGAAAGUGUAUACCCCAGGCCAGGAAACCCAAAAGAGCCCUACAACUGCCGAUGUUGCGGCUCCUUCCGCCGACACCGAGCCGCUGCCUGAAUCCAACGAGCCAGAUCAAGAAGCUGAUUCUCCACUGUCACGCAAGACCAGUAAGAAGGACAAGAAGAAGAAAAAGCGCAAGAGUGCUGUGGAAGCCUUGCCUGAAGCUGAGCCAACCGAUAUUCCUCAGCCUGAACCUGAGUCUUUGGAAAAAUCUGAACAAGAAUUUGACAGGGAACUUGCUUUGGGUGGAGACCAAUCCAAAAUUCAAGAGCAGGAACAUAUUUCUGGAGAUUCCAAGGAGACUGUAACCGAGGCAGUCCAGAAUGAAGAGGUGUUACCGGAACCCACAUCUGAUACAGUGGCCUUGGAGUCAGCCGAGCCAGCCGUUGAGGUCAUUGCUACCGUCGAGGAGUCCAAGCAGCAAGAGGAAGAUGACACUCUGGGAAAAGACAAGGACAUCUCUGUUGAAGACGCUGUGCCAGAAGAGCCUGUGGAAGAGGAACCAACCAAGAAGAGUAAGAAGCAGAGGAAGAAGAACCGCAAAUCCACGAGCGUUUCUGAACCGUACAUGGAGCCCGAGCCCGAAAUGAAGCCCGAAGACAUUACAGCUCAGCCUGAAACAAGCGGUCCACUGCCAACUCUCGAUGACACCCAACAACAACACGAUGCAGAUACAAAAGAAGAGCCCGCCGAGACUCAGAAUGUUGGUACUAUUUUUGAACAAGUUGAAGGCGAACCGAGUCAAUCGGUGGAGUUCCCUAAGACCAAUGAUAGUGAACCACAUGUGCCUGAGCAACCAACAAUCGAGCCUGAAGCGGGGGAAGAAGCAUCAAUAGGGAAGAAGAGCAAAGAGGAGAAGAAGGAUAAGGACAAUGCAUCCAAAACUCCUGAGGAAACCUCGCUUCCCGACGUUGUCGAAGGCCCGGAAGUCUCUGAGCCCUCGGUACCAACCACGGAGGCCGGCCCUGAUGUCCCCAUCUCAGCCCCUAUAGUUCCAGAUGAGCUCUCGACAACUCCAGCUCAAGACCCAGCGGAGGAGAUGUCGCGCGUGGUGGAAACAGCCGCCGAUUCGGGCGAUGUCGCUAUUCCUGACAGCCAGGACGUCGCCAACGCUCCCCCAAUGACAGCCGCUCAGAAGAAAAAGGCAAAGAAGGAAAAGAAGAAGAAGGAGCGCCAAUCAUUAUUACUUGGGGAAUCAGAAAUCUCAGCUCCCCAGGCUGCUGAAAAGGAGCUGAUCGAUGCUCCAGCUCCCGAGGCUAUACAGGAGCCGGAGGUUGUAAACCCUGACCAAGAAGAAGCCGUUUCUAAGGCAAUGGAGCAAGAAAACAAGAUGCAACUCUCUGAACUAUCUGAUGAACAAGUGGCAGAAAAGAUCCCGGAACAGCUUGGAGAUGAAUUGGCUGCAACGGAACUGCCAACAACCGAAGCCACGGAGAUUGUACCAGAGCCUGCACAGGACACAGCUACCAGUCUCAUUGCAGAGGAACCCCUGGCAACAGAGGACAUUGAAGAGCAAGAAGAUAAAGCUCUCGAGCUAGGCGCCCCUGCCGUAGCCAAAGAACCAGCCGAACCCGCUUUCGCGGAUGCUCAGCCUGUCCAAAGUGGGAGCCCAAGAGAUAUCGGCGAAUCCGCAGAAGAUUUAGCUUCAUCAAAGACCGAUGACCAGCUUCGUGACGAGCAGCCUAAGGACAAUGUACCUUCUGAUGUUGGUGCCACAACGGUUGAGUCAACCGAAGGCAUCCAGCAACAGACUACGGAGGAAACUCAAUCAGCCACAGAGUCUGUUGCGGAAACUCCAACGGAAGAGACCCAGCCCACUUCGAAGAAAGACAAGAAGAAGAAAAAGAAGAAGCGACAGUCUGGAUCCGUUGAGGAACUAGAGGCUGAGGUCGAGGCUACUUCCGUAAAGGAGGAAGAUAGUACCCCUGUGAUUCCUACCGAAUUGCCUAUCUCUGAUGCAACAGCCGAGAGAGAGGUUACAGAGCCUCAACCGGAGCCUGCUGGCACAAUGGAAGAACUACAAGAGACUGAGAAAGCUGAUGAGCUCCCGGUUCCUACCGAAGCUGUCCGUGAAACUCCUGUCGAGCAGCAUGAUUCCGGUUCUCAGGAACGAAGUAUUCCCGAGUUAGCCACGGAAGAAACUUCGCUCACUGAGGUUCCAACGCAAGUGCAUGCCGAUAUCCAAGAGCAGGAGCAACCCGCAGAAGAGACUGAGACAUCAAGCUCAAAGAAAAAGAACAAGAAGAAAAAGAAGAAGAGUCAGUCUACUUCUGUUGACGAGAACAAACAUGUGCCUGAAUCAGAGGAGCCUGUUUCCGAGAAACCCACUGAGCCUGUCACGGAUACUGCCCUGGCCGCUGAGCCAGAAGAGGCUGCUGUUACUUUCGCUACUGCUGUUGAAGAGACUCAACCUAUUGACGAAACUCCCACGACAGAGUCAAAGGAGCUGGAGAGCCAGGAUCCACCCCUGGCUGGAGAGGAGUCAAAGGAUUCCAAGAAGAAGGCUAAGAAGGACAAGAAGAAGCGCAAGUCCGUCUCAUUCGCAGCCGAGGAGACACCUGAGCAGCAUGCUGAACAUUCGGAUCCCGUCGAGCACGCUGAUUCUGCAGAAGUUAAGGAAUCAGAGCCACCAGAAAUUCCGGUUGGAACAGAAGCAGUUGGCGAGCAGAAAGAGGUGGAAUCUCAAGAGCGUGAGUUAGAACCAGCGGCGCCAAUUGAAGACAAUCCAGAUCCUGUGUUGGAGGAGAUAAGCCUAACUGGAGAGUCUAAACAAAAUGAGGAAGUGCCCGUUGAAGCAGAGAUCCUUGAAGAAUCGGAGUCAGCCGACAAAGCUCUUGGCCAUGGUAACGGACUCAGUGCGGACCAUGCCUCUUCCGAUGCUGUCAAAGGAGAAACGGAUAAAUCGCUUCCUGUGGAAGGGUCUACUCCUGUCGCUGAGGCUAAACCGAUAGACGAUAUUGAAAAGCAGGCCGAAUCGGUUGAAGCCGAGGCCGCGGGGCAGGUUGCGGAAGCAGUAGAGCCAGAGACAGGGUCGUCCAAGAAGAAGGACAAGAAAAAGAAGAAGCGCAAGACGCUGGAAUUAAAGGAGGAUGAGACCACUGCUUCUCCUGAGCCUUCAGACAAUGUCCAAGAGCAGGUGGAACCCAUAGCUGCAGCCCCUGAGGUUAAAGAGAUCGAAGAGCCCGUACAAGAACCCGCAGAAGAGCCCGCGCCAGGACCCGAAAAACAGGAAGAAGACGAGCCCAAAUCAGCGAAGGCAAAAAAGAAGGCCAAGAAAGACAAGAAACGCCAAUCCAAACUCCUAGCCCUCGAAAGCGAACCCUCAACUCCCACCGAAACCGCUCAAGAUCCGUACGACGACAAACCUCGCGACCCUGAGGCGUCAGCCGAAGAAGUGGCCCUCGAGACAAAUAAAGAGCAGCAACCCACUACUUUGGGCCCAGAUACACCCGCCGAGACGGAAAUCUCGCCUGCUGAAGAUGACGGUAAAGAAAAUCAGUCCCACGACACCGAACACCACGGCGACAACGAUAAAGAUUUGACUUGGACUGAUAACGAUAUGUCUUCGCAGGUAGAGAAAGAGCAGCAACCAACGGUUUCCACGGAUCCGUUGUCCGAGCAUAAAAUCGAGUCCGAGCAGGUGGAGGCUACCACGUCUGAAGAUAAGGUGGUAGAGGAAGGUCACGAGGCUUCGGUUAAGCUUGAGCCGUUGGAUGACACUUUUACUGGAGAAAUAAGUGCCGAUGAAAUCGAGGUCGUUCAGAAUCAAGAAGUAGGGGAGGUGCAAGAUAAGGAGCAGACGGAAAACAAUAGAACUUUAGAGGAGGAAACAGCUGUUGCACCUAAGAAGCCGGAUGACAAUGAUAUUCCCGCCAGCAUUCCUGAGGCGAUCAACACCAUGGAAGAACAAAGAGAGGAAGGAAUUGUCGCACAGCCAGCUAUUGAAGCCGAACCUGUUACAGAAACCGGAGCUGACCAACCAACGGCUGAUGUCUAUCUCGAAGAGCCUGAGUCAGCUAUCCCAUCAAGAAAGCUGAGCAAAAAGCAGAAGAAGAAGCAACGUGAGGCGGAAAAGGCCGCUGCCCUUCAGGAGCCAGAACAAGAACCAACGAGUGAGAUGGAAGCCGUGGAUACAGUCACUGUAGAGGAGGCAAAGCCUGAGCCUGCAGCUUCUGAAGAAGUCCAAGACAAGACUACAGUGAUAGAAGAUCCUGUUCCCGAAGAACAGGUUACAGAGGCCGUCCCUGAAGAUAGUCGGGAAGUUCCAGGCUUGGAGACCCCAGACGAUCAUUUAACGGAGGGUACUGAAGCGAUGCAAGGUACAACUUCGAUGCCUGAAGAGGGCUUCCCGCAAGAUGAACCAUCAGGGGAUGUUGCCGAGGAUACUCAAGAAGCCGCUGGUUUAACAACGAUAGAGCAGAAACAACCCGAGCACGCAGUUUCGGAGUCUACCCUUGACACGACUACACUGCCUAUCGCUGAAGACGUCGCACAACAGACAGAACAGACCCCCCGUGCUGUUGAUGAGAAUGAAGAGUCUGCUGCCUUCGGAACUCGCGAUGUGCCUGCAAUUGAAGAAAACCCCGAAGAGCCUGUAACCGAAGAGCUUGCAACCAGAAAAGGCAAAAAGAAAAACAAAAAGAACAAGAAAAAGGCCUCAAUUCAAACCGCAGACGCAAGUGAGGCUACCCAAUUCGAAGAGCCUCCUGUGACAGGCCCUGAAAUAGCAGUACAAACAGACAUUCCCGAGGAUGUUCCCGAAGUUCAAAUGCAGGAUGCACCCCCUUCAGGAGGCACCCAAGACAAGGAUCAGCUAGACGUCGCCAUUGGGGCUGAAGAACAUGCUCCUCAGACUCAAAAGGCGGAGCCAACAGAGUCCGAGGCUAACAGGGACCAACAGCUUGAAAACGUACCUGAGACUGCAUUUGAGACCCCCGCAGAAGAUAAGACUCUCGAGGAACAUCCGGAAGAGCCAAUUCUGAGCCGCAAGGAGUCCAAGAAGCAAAAGAAGAAGGCUAAGAAGCAGGCUAAAGAGCAAGAACAGCUAGAGGUCUUCGCUCCUGACAAUGUUGAAACCGAAGUUAGGGAGCGUACCAAUCCAGCAGAUGUUGUUGAAGCGGAAAGUCUACCUUCUCUUGAAGCCGUUGAAGCUGCUAAAGUUCAGGGAAGUCAAGAUGAACCAACCGAGAAGGCUGCGCCUGGGCCUGUAGGUGAUGAGAGGAAAGCAGAGAUGGCACUGGAGGAGCCCAUUCACGAGGAAGCUGCGGUGAAGACGAGAAACAUGGAAACUCCGGCGGGCACAGACCAGGCAGAUGUGUCUCGGGAUGUCCCCGUCCAGGAGAAUAUGGCAGAUGAAGUUGAAACGGAGAUUUUGCCAGAAGAACAAGUAGUGGAGCCAGAAAUGCAGACACAAGAUGCUGAACCCGCCGUCGAAAAGGACAACCUAGUGGCAUAUACAGGCCAGAGCCGCACAGUUGAGCCCGAGACUACAUCUGCGCCUGUAUCAAGGAAGUUGUCAAAGAAGGAGAAGAGGAAGCUCAAGAAACAGGCUACGUCGGAGGAGCCUGAGAAGGAGCAGCAAGAGGCCGAAGUUCCUGUUGCACCAGUGGAAGCCGAAAAUUAUAUCACCGUCCCACUGGCUACAUUGGACAUGCCAGAUAAGCCACAAGAAUCAACAGUGACAGCAGAACCGAUUGAAUCUGCGAAAGAGGUUCCGGUAUCUCAACAUGAAUUCGAGCCCGCUUCGAUGCUCGAACACGAGGCAGGAACCUUUCGGGAACCGGUAGAUGAGGUCUUAAUCCAAUCAGCCAAUGAGGACUCGAAGGAGUUGGCCACCGAACCACCUAAGGACGGGGAUCUUCCGCUCUCAAAGAAGCUUUCCAAGAAGGAGAAACGGAAGAAGCGCAAGGAAGUGAAGGCCGAAGAGUCGCAGCCUGAGCCCGAGCAGUUGGCAGAACCCGCCAGCCUCCCCGAUCAGCAACCCCACGAGAGAUCCCUCGAGCCAGGUGAGGUUCAAGAAACAGAGCGUCAGGAUGAAGACGCGUGGCCUUCGAUAGACUGGGGAAAAGAGAUUCCUGAGUUCAAGGAAUCUGCCAUCCCCGAAGCCCUUCUGGAGCGGCCAGGAGAGACUCCAGAAGAGGCAGCCAAAGAGAGCAGAGCUCAAACGGUAACCGGAACUAUCGACCGAGACGUGGCAACAAGAGAUUUCAACAUGCCGACCACAGGUUCAGCGCUCAAGAUGUUACACGACGUGGAGUCUAUAGAUGAAAAGAAAGUGGAAGAACCCAAGCCAAGCAAAAUCGCCAACAUAUUCCCCAACCUUGAGCGAGGGUUAUUUCGUCGACCAAGUCCGACACAGCCGGUAAAAGAUGGGGCUGAGGAAGAGACCAUGGCACAAGAAGCGAGUCGCGACAGCGCGAUCCAGGUCUUGGAGGCACCCAUCGCCAGAGAGGUAGAACCACAACCGGAGGUUAGGGAUAGCGGGUAUAUUGCUAGUCCUGCACUAACUCAGGGUGAUGCAUUCGCUGCUACUGCAAGAGAAUUGCCAGAUGCAAAGGUUGAGGCCGAGUCUGGACCCGAACGCCAACUAGAGAUUUUGGAACCAGAAUCUCAACCAGCUGAGCAGACUAUUAUUCCAGCCCCAGCUGAAGAAGAUGAUGUCUUUGGGGCUAUAUCUACAAGGGAGCUUCCAAGCCUUAAAACCGACUUCACAUCGGAGCGCCAACCAGAAAUUCCUGAACCUGAGGAAUUUCGAUCCAUUGAGCAAGAUACAUGCGAGCUUCGUCGGUCACCAUCAAUUCAUGGCCGACAUGACCAUCCGCCGCUACCUUGGUCUCUUGAUGAGCCUGCGCCAACUCACAAGGCACGAGAUAUCUCGCCUCCCACGCAGCUCCCUCCCAUCGUGGAACAAGAACCUGAACGAUCCGUGGUCCGGGACGGGACGCCCCGGCUGGAGAUGAAGCCCGAGCAUGUACUUCCACGACCAGAAACUCCAGUCAGGAAAUUUACGGAGACUGCGCUGGGACGUCGAGCAUGGCCUUCACCUGAUAACUCAGACGAUGACUGGGAGAAGAUACAGAAGCCCAGCCCAAAGGGUCUCUCCCCAGAGCGAGGACUACAGUCGGAAGUCCUCAAAACGCCAGAACAAGACAAGCCGGUUCUACGGCCAAGCAGGCCUGGAAGUGCCACGAGCAGCACGCAUUCACUGCGACGGGUCGUGCACAGCGCUAGCGGAGAUCUGCGUGCGGCAGCACUUGCAGCCAGCCCAGCAGUUGCGCCAGCAACAGAGCGCGAGCACCAAUCACGGCCAACCACCCCCCAGCCAUCUCAAGCCCCCACCGACCUGAACGUCGGAGAGAUUGCAUCUUCCUCAUCCUACGAUCCCGUCACUGACAAGGGCAAAAGGCCCGUACGCAGCAUGACAGAUGUAUAUGAGGGUUGGGGUGAGACGCAGACUUCUCCCCGGUCGCCUAGUCGACCGCCCAGCAUCCGGCACCGCCGUAGUAUGCAACACCUUCAAGAACUCGAAUUCCGCCUCGAGCAUUUGAUUCAAGAAAACCGUGAUAUUACCGCUGCUCGCGAUGCCGCCGAAGACAAACUACGAAAUGCCAGCCUCGCUCGUCGGAAGAGUGAUCAGGCUCUCAACACGCGGGAUGCCGAUCUGCGCGACCGGGAGGCGGAGCUCGAACAACUAGAACAAUCUGUGGAAUGGUUCCAGAAGGAGGUAGCACGGUUGAACGAAGAAAACACAGGGCUGACGACCACAAAUACCGCGCUCAUUGCUACCCACGCACAAGAAAUCCGGAGAACACAACAAGCAGCUGCGCGCGAAGUUGAGCAAUUACGGUCGCAGAACGAACGUCUGUCCACCGGUGUACAUGAACAAAUCAAAACAGAGAUCGAAACAGCGUUGGGACAAAAGAAUGCGGAACUUCGUCGACUGCGCGAAGAACUUGAGAGCGCACGAGACAAAGUCAAGGAACUCCAAGAACAAAUCUCAGCCUCCAUGAACGACAAUGUCAUCGCCUUCCGAGGUGAGGAAUAUUUUGAGGCUGCAUGCCAGAAACUCUGCGGCCACGUGCAACAGUGGGUUCUGCGCUUCUCGAAGCACUCCGAUCACCGUCGCUGCCGCAGACUUGUCGAAAUGAAGGAUGAGAAAAUUGCGGACCGGUUCGACAAUGCUAUCUUAGAUGGAUCGGAUACAGAUGCCUACCUUGGCGACCGCGUCCGUCGGCGCGACGUAUUCAUGUCCGUCGUGAUGACCAUGGUCUGGGAAUUUGUUUUCACCCGCUAUCUGUUCGGCAUGGACCGCGAACAACGACAAAAGCUGAAGUCGCUCGAGAAGCAACUUAUCGAAGUUGGACCACGCACCUCAAUCCACCGCUGGCGAGCCACCACGCUAACACUGCUCUCACGGCGACAAGCCUUCGCCAAGCAGCGCGAAAGCGACACUGAAGCCGUCGCACUGGAAAUAUUCGACACGCUCUCUCGCCUUCUUCCCCCUCCAACUCAUGUCGAAUCACAACUCCUAGACUCACUGCGCAAGGUCCUCCGCGUGGCGGUGAGCCUAUCACUCGAAAUGCGCACGCAGCUAGCAGAAUACAUCAUGCUGCCACCGUUGCAGCCUGAAUUUGACACGAACGGCGACCUCGCCCGCCAAGUAUUCUUCAACGCGUCCCUCAUGAACGAACGCAGUGGCGAGAUCACGUCUAACGAGGAGCUGCAGUCGCAGGAUGCAGCCGUCCGCAUUGUACUGUUCCCGUUGGUCGUCAAGAAGGGGAACGAUGCCGGUGAAGGUGAUGACGAAGUCGUUGUCUGCCCGGCUCAGGUACUCGUCGCUCGGCCAGGCAAGGAUAAACGACUUAGCAAGAUGGCCAGCGGCGACCGCAUGUCUGUUGAAGCCAGCCGGUCAGUGCACAGCAUCGCGCCGUCAACCAUGGACAUGAGCAUGAAUAUGAGCAUGAGUAAUGUUAUCUAG